AUGCCGGACGCGGCCGUGGUCCCCGACAAGAUCGCCUACGGCGCAGCCAUGUCGGCGUGCUCCAAGGCCGGGGAGAGGGACCACACCGUGUCGCUGCUCCGGGAGAUGGAGGACCGCCUCCUGCGGCCAGACAUCACGCACCUCACGUGCGUGCUGGUCGCGUGCGCCCUGAGCAAGGACGAGGCGGCGGCGCGCCAGGCCUUCGCGGAGCUGCGGAGGCGCGGCUUCGAGCCGGAUGCCGUCGCCUACACGAGCCUGAUCUCUUGCUUCGCGGGCGCGGAUGCCCUGCGGAAGGCGGACGCCGUGCUGGCGGAGAUGCUGGCCGCCACGGUGCACCCCACGGUCGUCACCUACAACGCGGUGCUGCAGGUGGCCAUCCGCGAGGGGGCCACGGACCGCGCGCAGGGGCUGGCCGCGGAGAUGGAGCAGCGGGGCGUGCCGGCCAACGGCGAGACGGCCGCGCUGCUCGAGCAGCUCCGAGAGAGCCCGCGGGCGUAUGCGGCGCAUGGCGCGCUCGCCGCCGAGGCCUCGGGCGCCCUGCCGGCCCCCUGGAGGGAGACCGUCGACCCGUCGAGUGGCCGCCGCUACUACUGGCAGGACUCGGACCCGGCGGGGACCGUGACGUGGGACAGGCCCCGGUGA